GCACCACACACAUCAAGUGUAGACACACUACAUUCUCCCCAGUUCACUAGCAUUCCUUCUUGCCUGAAUUAUAGCCCAAACAAUCACUUCUAGCAUAGAAUUCCAAGAGAAAUCAAUGGCUGCCACCAUGAAAACCUCAAUUCAGGCUGAAAUUGAAACUCACUAUGACAGAGCACAAGACUUAAAGGCUUUUGAUGACACAAAAACUGGUGUCAAAGGACUAGUCGACGCUGGGAUUGCCAUAGUUCCAAAGAUUUUCAUUCAACCACCAGACAAUUUCAACAAAACCACCAAUCCCACCAAUACCCAGUUCAGUUUUCCAAUCAUCGACCUCACGGGCAUCGACAAAGAUCCAGUGAGGCGCAGAGAAGUUGUCGACGAAGUCUGUGAGGCUUCGGAGACUUGGGGUUUCUUCCAGGUGGUGAACCAUGGAAUUCCUGUGAGUGUGUUGGAGGAGAUGAAGGAAGGUGUUCACAGGUUUUAUGAGCAGGACAGUGAGGUGAAAAAACAAUGGUACACAAGAGAUUUCACGAAAGCUGUGGUGUAUCAUACCAAUUUUGAUUUAUUUACUGCACCAGCUGCUAAUUGGAGGGACACUUUCAAUUGUCUUAUGGCUCCGAAACCUCCAAAUCCAGAGGAAUUGCCCCCUCCUUGCAGAGAUAUUCUAAUGGAGUACUCAAAGCAAGUGAUGAAGUUAGGGUGUUGUUUGUUUGAGUUACUGUCAGAGGCUCUUGGGCUGAGUCCAAACCACCUUAACGACAUGGACUGCAACGAGGGACUUGCCGUUCUGGGCCAUUACUACCCAGCAUGCCCCCAGCCAGAGCUCACUGUUGGCCAGACCAAGCACUCCGACAGCGACUUCCUCACUGUGCUGCUGCAGGAUCAGAUUGGGGGCCUCCAAGUUCUUCAUCAGAACCAUUGGGUUGAUGUCCCUCCUACCCCUGGAGCUUUUGUGGUCAACAUUGGAGAUCUCUUACAGCUCAUAACAAACGACAAGUUUAGAAGUGUUGAGCACAGAGUGCUGGCAAACCAAGUUGGCCCAAGAGUAUCAGUGGCAUGCUUUUUCCACACAGGUUCUCUGCCAUCAACAAAGAUUUAUGGACCUAUUAAGGAGUUGUUAUCGGAAGAGAAUCCUCCCAAGUACCGGGAAACCACAGUGAGGGACUAUGUAGCCUACUUUCGUGCAAAAGGUCUUGAUGGGAAUUCUGCACUUACACAUUUCAAGCUCUAAAUUUGGCAAUUCAGCCUGGUUUGUAGCUUCUUUAGUCAAGACUGAGUUAGUAAAUGGCUAUGGUUAUGACCGCACAAUAAAUAAAACAAAAAGUCUAUAAACAUAGAGAGUAUCGAACACAGAACACACAAAUGUGAGAUAACAUGUUUGCAACUACAAAUGCAAACAACUUUUUGUCUCACAUCUGUCUAUUUUGUGUCCCGUUCUCUCUUUGCACAUAGCACAACUAUAAAGAAAAAUGGAUUAUUUUCGAUGUGGUAUGUGUCAUUUGUGUCUUUGAUUUCAUGUUUCUUCCAUUUGCAUUUGAUGUUAAAAAAGACAAAACUUCUCUUUGAGAAGGGCUAAUAAUACAUAAGGCUAUUAUGUAGAACA